UGCAGCUGAAAAAGGGAACAGCAAGGCUGGCUGCACACUUUUGAAAACGAGCUACACCUGACACGUUCUUGGAGAGCACACUUAGAUGCACACUCGUCAUCUUGCUGUCUUUGAGCUUUUGACAUUGUAAUUUAGGUUUUUUUUUUGUUUUGUUUUUCUUACAUGCACCCUUUAGAGGAUUUGCAUGACUUCAGUGAAGUUUUUUUCAAUCAUUUUCCUCCAGUUCUAAAUAGAGCUUUUCUCUUUGCUGUGCAUCUUUCCCACUUCUGCAAUCAUGCGUCUGCUGACAGCUGUCCUGCUGCUUUCGUUAAUUGAUUCCAUUUCCUGUAUUCAGUUUCUGGCGCCUCUGAACAUGGAAGGAGUCACAGGGCAGGUGCACUUCAACUCCACCUCCCAGAUGGCCACUGUCAAAGUGUCUGGUGCUGGAAGCUGUGGUUCACUUAACUUCUCCCUUAGCCCGUUCCCCGUCAUGUAUGGCCAUUUUGCUCAGCCCUGUUCUGAAGCAAAUAUCGGCUCCAGCGUCUUCACCUUCAUGGCUGAUCCCUCCUCAAACCCCACCGUGUCAAGCUUCCUCGAGGACAGCUCAAACUUCGAUGACUACUCGCUGACUUUGCAGACGUGUAACGGCACUAAAGUAUGCACUGUUGUAAGUCGAGGUCAAACGCUCAAGACCUAUCAGGCCAGGUUCACCGGCCCCAUUGCGGGUAAUGUUUACAUGCGCCUUAACAAAGGAAAUACCGACCCCAGGCUGCUUGCAGAUCUAGUUACAAUCGGUCAGGUCAAUGCCUCACAAACCAAUGUCACUAUCUUUGGAUCCACAAGCACUGCUGCAAGCUGUGAUGUCCUUCUUAGAAGCUUGAAUUCCUCCACUUUGACCAAUAUGGGCGUCGUAAAAGUCGGAACCCCUUCACAGCCUGAGAAAUCCCGUCUGGACCUGACCAGCUUCAACAUCAACAAUCGCUUUCUUCUCCUCCGCAUGGGGUCAAGUUACAAGUGUGCUCAGAUUUAUAUUGUGCCGGAGAAACAGGUGAACGCUGUCUUGAAUAUGAGAGAGAUCAAAGGAUACUUCAUCUUCCGUCAGGCUUCCCCGUUUGAUAUGACAGAGUUGAGGGUGAACCUGACUAACUUAAAGAGCAGAGUGGGCCCUUACCAUGUCCACAAUUUCCCUCUCCCCUCAGUCAGGUCGCCUUCAUCAAGCCGGUGUUCAAAUGAUAAUGUGGGCGGCCACUGGAAUCCAUUCAGUGUCAACACGAACAGCCCAACAUACCCAAAUGGGCCAGGUUCAACCCACGACAUGUAUGAGAUCGGUGACCUCGGUACCAAGCACAUGUCCCUCGCAGGUAGAAACGAGAUGGACAUGAUGUUCACGGACUUCAACCUCCCUCUGUUUGGACCAAACAGCAUUGUAGGUCGCUCAGUUGUGAUUCACCAAACAGAUGGUGCUAGGUAUGUUUGUGCGAGCAUCAGCUAUCCUGGUGAAGUGAUUGUAGGCAGAGCCACAUUUCAGAGCCCUGUGGUCGGUGAGAUCUGGUUCACCCAGCUAAAAGACAACCCUCUGUCUGACGUAUCCAUCUUCACGGACUUGUCAUAUGGAAAUACCUCAAUGACACCUACAAGAAACCACAACUGGCAUGUUCACACCUACCCCAUCAGCUCAGAGAGGGAUGACGAUGAAAGACGCUGCAGCACUACAGGAGGACACUGGAACCCCUUUAACAUUAACACAGGAGACAGCAGCUAUGCCCUCCACUGUAGCCCAUCCGGUCCCUUAUCCUGCGAGGUGGGAGACCUCUCCAGCAAACACAGCACCAUCAACCUUGGCACCACAGUGGGCGAAGUGCAAGCAAAAAACUUCUUCACUGAUGUCACUUCCUGGUUGUCCGGGUCAUCCAUAAUCGGUCGUUCUGUGGUCAUCCAUGAAGCAGAAAGGGGAGGGCCAAGGAUUGCUUGUGCCAACGUCACAAUGGUGCGGGUCCCCAAAGCUAGCUUAGGUAGCUGGUUUGGCAACCAGAUUCCUGGCGGACAGGUCCGGUUCUCCCAGGCCGUCCCACAAGGCCCCACGACUAUAAACGUAUCCUUGAUUAACCUGAACGCCUUAGCUGGGGGUUACCAUGUUCACAUACUGCCCGUCAAACCUGGCAGCGCAAAUCCCUGCUCCAACGCAAACAUCCUGGGCCACUAUAACCCGUUAGUCGUGAAUGCAUCAAACAGCCCCAUACCUGGAGCAGGCACAGUGGACCAGUAUGAGAUUGGGGACUUGGGCGGGAAGUUUGGGACUCUGAAUGGCCUCAACCAGUCUGAGGUUGUAUACAUGGACCCUGACAUGCCAUUGACAGGACCCUACAGCAUAGUGGGAAGGUCAAUGGUGAUUCACUACUCAACAAAUGGAUCAAGAAUGCGCUGUGCUAACAUCUCAGCUGACAGGGCUACAGACGGACAAUGGGUUGUUGCUAAGGCUGUUUUCAAUGAUGCAGUGACUGGGACGGUGAAACUGCGCCAGCAGAUGUUUCCUGAUGGGAGUAGCAGUGAUGUCACAGUGGAUGUGAUGAUUCAAUCGACAACACAAAAUACAACUGUGGCAUCCAUGUUCAUCACAAGCGCGCGGAGCGGCGAAGCCCGCCAGUGCACCGGUGUGGGAGAUACAUUCAAUCCCUUCAACAUGACAUCAAUGAGCUCCAGCUGUUCACUGUUGAACCCUCUGAGCUGUGUGGUGGGAGAGGUGUCCGCAAGACACGGCACAGUCGAGCUGGCUGGGGGACGGGUCUUCACUGACAGCAUCAUGCAGCUCUCUGGAGACCACACAGUGGUCCGUGGAACUGUAAUUCUGAAGAAUGGAGAAGGCGUCAUCGCGUGUGCGGACAUCCUGCCAGAGUCCCCUUCAGCACUGCAGACCUUCCCGGCAGUGACUAACUUCAGCAGAUAUGACUUUCGUAAGAGGGUUGCAGAUGUCCUGCUGUUGGAGACAGCGAGAGUCACCAUCCUGCCCAGGUCUCCCAGCUUUGCAGCUGAUGGAAAUUGCCAGCAAGUGAACUUCAUGGUGUCUGGGGACGUCCGCACAGAUCUACUGCAGUCUGUCAAAACCAGCGAGAAGAUGGGCAGGUUCAGAGAGUCUGACUCAUGUACAAGAAGCGCAGGUCCGAUGCUGAUGCCAGGGACUUGUCUCCUGGGCUUGAUGUUUGCUGCUGCCUGCCUGCUGCCAACCGGAUUUUCGUUGUAGCUCAGAGAUUUGGCCACACCGUGCAUCAUCAUGGAUCCUCAUAUUGUAAAACUCUGAACAUGUUUACGAGCGCACCAAAUGAUAUGAUGGUCACUUAAUCGGGUUUCUUUGUACAACUUGGUAAUCAUUUUAGGUAACAAGCUAUUCUUUAACUGUUAAAUGUAGCCUUGGUGUAGAGACGCUUCAUUGUUUCGCAACAGAUGUUGCUUAUCUUUUAAUAUUUUAGACUGUUAAACGGGUGGGUGAAUUUUAUGCUGUACAUUUUCCAGAUAUCCAGACUUUAUUUCUUCAAUUAUGCACCAUCAUCAUAUUCAUGUCAAAAUGUAUGUAAAUGUCUGGAAAAUUGUGAAUAUAAUAAUGUUUAUGUCUUGUGAUGACAAUCUGUCUUUAUUUUUUAUUUCUUUGCCUAAACAUAUCUCGGCACAUAAAUAUGAGUAUUAUAUUCCUGGUAAGUGUCCAUCCUCGGUCUUUCAGCUCUUUAGUUCAUCAGUUACACUGCUGCCAUUGACCUCUGA